CCGAAGGUAAAAAAACCCGUUGAGAUCGAAAUCGCAAAGCUACAAGAGAUAAAUCUCAUCGCCGGAACUCCGAUUGUUUCCUCCGGCAGCUGAAUAACAAUCCGAUUAACAGCCAUGACUGAGUACUGGGUUAGCCAGGGAAACAAGUGGUGCGAUUUCUGCAAAAUCUUCCUCUCCAACAAUCCUUCCAGCGUCAGAAAUCAUGAGCUCGGCCAACGCCAUAAGGAUAAUGUUGCACAGAGGCUUAAUUCGCUGAGACAGGAGAAAACUGCUAAAGAGAAAGAACAGAAAGAGGCAGCUCGAGCUCUCGAACAAAUAGAAGCUAAAGCACAACGCAGUUAUCAGAAGGAUAUCACUCAAGUCCAAGCAGGUGGUAAAGAUCCUUCUGUUUCUCAAGAUUGGGGGCAGGAUGACAGCACAUCAGGCUACUAUUACAAUGGGAACGAUGGUUGUUACUAUGAUCCAAAAUCUGGAUUUUACUACAGUGAUGCUUUAGGUCGGUGGGGGUCACGGGAAGAGGCAAUAGCAGCAACUCAAGUCACAACGACACAGCCUGUCCCAAAGAAGCCUAUUUUGAAGAACAACCUUGUAGUCUCAGAAGCAACAACAAAGUCUGAGUCCUCAUCAGGGGACAAAAUCACUCUUCAAAGUGGGCCCCCACCGGGGCGUGUUGUUUCAACUCCGCUUAAUCCUACCAGAUCCGUGAAAGGCGCUGCUCCUUCUUCGCUAAUGGUGGAUAACAAACGGAAAAGGGAAUCAGCCCAAAAGAAGCCAUCAAAAGCUAUGUCAGAGGCAGAAUCAGCCGCUCUGAAAGCAAGGGAAGCUGCCAGGAAGCGCGUUGAAGAAAGAGAGAAGUCUUUGCUUGGCCUUUAUAAGCAUUAAUCAUUCUUUUUCUUUCUUUUGACUCCUCGUUCCUUCACACUUUGGGGGGGGGNGAUGUUGCUAAGCAAUAUAUCCCUAUACCAAUUUGUAACUUGCCAGGGAGAUUUUGGCUUUCCAUGUUGCCAUUGAUGAGACAUUGAAUUUGUUCUCAUUUUGCCUACCAAGAUCCUAUUAACUCGUGUGUGUACUGGGGUUGUUUAGUUUCAUUGUUUCAAGUCAUACCGCUUUGGACUCUAUCAAAUCAAGGAGACAUGUGACCUACAAAAAUAAAUGAAUGAAUAAAGGCCAGAGAAUACU